CAUUCAUCUUCCGCUUGUAAUUAUCGUGUAUCUCUUUAUGAUUCUUGAAGAGGUGGGAGAUCAAAUUGCUGGUAUUAAAGGAAGACGUCUUGGUUCCUCCUCGCAUAACCGACUUUUUGCAGUCAUUGCAAAUUGCCAGUUUUUUAUCCGUCAGACACACUUUAAAAUAAUCCCAAACCAUAGACAUGGUGUCGUUAGUCAGUUGCUUGUUAGCCACGGCUACAGCACCGGCAACAACACACUCUUGUUGUUGUUGAUGAGGUCAUCAAGCGUCGCCAGUAAACCUCUCAUGCUGCAGUCGUCAACUCCUGUGUUGUGUGUGGAGAGGGUAGAGGGGAGGGGCUGCUGACUGGGUUUAUAUCCGUGUUUUACUGGAUAUGUACCGCUCUCUACACUGGGAAGCAUGGCCUGUUCAAGUACACCGAUGUUUGUUCUCAUAUCUUGCCACUUAAUAUUCAUCCUCUGGCGUAGACAUCACUGUUGAAACCUUUCAAGUGCUGUGAUAUGUCUUUGAUAUGCUGUCCUUGCCUCUGAACCAUAGAGCAAAGUUGUUACAACAGUUGCUCUGAACACUUUGAUUUUUGUAUCUAGUCAUGAUUUUGGAACUCGCGAGUCUUAAGCUUUCCAAAGGCUGCAGCAGCUUGCCUGAUUCUGUGAUUGACUUCUCCAGGGUUGACGCAGGAAAAGAAAGGAGAAAGAAAGAGAUAGCUUCAUGAGGAAUCCUUUCAAGCACGCCCGUCAGCUUCUGGAGGAGAAAAGAAGCGGGAAACUGGAAGCCACCAAGGAGGAGCUUGAGCAGUACAUCAGGGGCCAAUACAGCGACUCAAAGAGGAACGAUCCGUUAGGUUCACCAGGAUACGUCCCUCUUCCACCUCCUCCAACCACGCAGUUUGACAGCUGUCCUCCUCGACUGAGCGAGCUUUCAGAUUUUACAACAAGGAUCAAAGGUCUUUUCCUGCUCUGGCUGCACCUGCUGACGGGUGUCAUUCACAUACUCCUGCUCACAGAACAUAAAGGGUGGAAUUAUGGGCUGGUCAAAGCAACCUCUCCAGCUGCUGUGGUUGGUCACCGUAGUGGCAAUAAUGACAAAGAAUAACUGUGCUGAAGUUGAAGAUGAAGGACUUGUUGAAAACUUAACCAACACGCUUCUGACGGCUAUCCCUCCUAACAGCUGCAAUUCCUCUGUUAUUAAACUGGUGAUGGAGGGGAAUCAGAUUACUCUCUCCAAAGAAGACAGACUAUCCCUGGCCAGUUAUUCCCAACUGAUGGAGCUCUACCUAGAUGCCAACAAAGUGGACAAAAUACCAAUCAUGUACUUCAUGGUUGUACCAAACCUCAGAGUGCUGUCACUGUCUAGGAACCAAAUCAACAGCCUGGAAGCCCAGACCUUAUCUGGCCUUUAUGCCCUCAAGAUGAUGAACCUGUCCUACAACCUACUGACACAUCUCCCUGCUCAACUAUUCAGAGGGCUUAAUAAUCUACAGGUGGUGGACCUGCAGGGCAACCCGUGGAAUUGUUCCUGUCCAUUUUUGAGCCACUUUGAAGAAAUAAGAGCAGCAGGAGUAACCAUCAGACGGCCAAAUACAAAAUGUGCUUCACCAGCGCAACAGGCUGGAAUGGAUCUUUUUGAGGCGAUGGCUCAGUGCUAUCCAACAUCACUGCCCUCCUCAGCUGCGGAUGCGAUACACACAACCAGUGGCGUUCAACAAUCAAAGCUGGAAACCACAUUGCCAAAAAGAAUGCUGACUUCCAGCCAGAACAACAGUUUCAACAUCGACCAAAAGCCUGUUUCUGGAAACACGUGGAAAUUUACAGCAUGCGUUGCAGCCUUGGCGCUGACUACAUCUAUUCUCAUCGUGUGCGCCAUCAAAGGCCCCUCGUGGUAUCGGCUCUACCACAACUACCGGCAUCGACAUCUGCGCCAAGAAGUGGACGAAGACGGCCACGGAGCCUCCAGCAUUUACUCAGAGACUGGGAGAUACAUGAACCAUAAGACGUUCACCUUUGACCGUCAUGGGCCCGAGGAGGAAGAGGAUGUGCACUACUUUGAGGAUCCUUACAUAAAGGCAGAGGGCUAACCUAAAUACAGUGAAAUCUGUACAUACUACUCAGAGCACAUAUAUGACAACACAUUAAUGUCGACCAACUCAUCAAGUCCCAGACCACAAUAUACUUUUUAAUACUAAAAAGUGUCUGCUUAAGUUGACAUUAGCAUACAACUUUCCAUGUUGACAUGUGUUGCGUGUAGUAUUUUUGUAAUAUCAUCAUUAUUAUCACCAAGAAGCAACAUGACUACUGUCUAG